ACUCGAAGACAAAGUUAGAAAGCACAAACAUUGUCGUUCCAGGUGUGAUGCUCCAAGGCCGGGGAGCGUUUGGACUGCUUCUCAGACAUUAUAGGUCAGGUAGCAUUUGGUGAUGUCGGAACAAACUGCUGAGGAUGAUUCUCCACAUGGGGAUGCGGUGGUGGCUGAUCAGAGUGCAAUAUCGCACACCGACGCCAUGGAGACAUUUCGCCUUGGUGUUUCGCGGCUGAUCGCGUCGGACCCGGCCCUGUCCUAUCUACCCGGAGACGUGGUGCUGGAAGAAGCUCGCCUGCAGCUAGCCCUGCACCAGGGCAAGGCGGUGACGGUGUUUCUGCGCAAACUGGACGACAGCACUGUGCCAAUUCCGGUGAUGCAAGGCUCCAGGGUGAUCGACCUGAAGCGCUCCAUUCGCCUACACCUGGGGUCGCAGCUGCGACGCGCCAACAGAACUAUGCCGGUAAGCUGGAGGCACGUUUGGAAGUCCUAUCACUUGGCCAUCGGUCAGACCAAGCUCAGUGACGACAACGAACUGCUGCUGAACUAUGGCGUAGGCAACCGGUCUGAAGUCUCUUUCAUCAAGAAGCUGCGACAAGAGAGCAAGGGAAAGCGUGUGAGAGUGCGAAACGACGGAUAGACACGUGCGUGUGCUGGGAUGAGGAGCAACGCAGUUCAAGGUUUAUUCAAUACCAAUGCCAGACGAAUUACAAUCCUCGGGGCUUGGACGAUGAUGAUUACCGAAGCACCUGUUGGCAUAUUGAUGACUGACGUAUCAUCGAUACCCUGCUGCUUUGAAACAGGGUGCUGCAGCACCAGCAAAUUCUACACCAACCACUCUGUAUGGGUUGGUGUAUCAUAGACUGUGGCGAAACUGACAGGCAGGGCACUACGUUUCUUUGCCCCUGCCGAAUGGGCCACGCUGAACCAGCGCCAAUCUGCUCGCAAGACAAGCAAAUCAGCGGCAUUGUCCAGUCCAGUGAACGGCCAGGCUCACGUACAGUCACUGACUGCAUGGUGUUGCUGUGGGUGGAUGCUCACGGUGUCACUGUGAGUGGAUACUGCCAUCAGUAGCAAGAGCAGGGUCCUGCCGACCAUCAACAGUCACAACCAGGUGGCUGUGUAUACAUGGAGUAGUAUUUUUUGGACUCAAUAGUCGUACACGAGCGUGGCGAAGUCACCGGUGGAGGUCAUGUCAAAGGACGCUCUCGCUUGUACGUGCAUAUCGGAAGUACUAGUACCAUCCAGGUCACUGAGGUGUAUUGCACACUCCUGUACCGAUUCUAUGCUCUUGCAUACCUUGCUCAUCCACGCUCGUGCAUACAUCUACCCGCGUGGCACCAAGGCACACAGCCGUUGUCGAUAGCCACUAAUAGACUGUGCAUAGCAUGUCCAAAGUUAGUUUUCUGUUUUGCUGCCAAUGCUAUGUAUGUCUGUGUGAGUCCAUGCUUUGCCAAUGAGCUGCAUGUCUGCUGUGAAAAUGCACUGCGGUAUGUGUGUGUGUGUGUGUGUAUGAGUGUAUGAGUGACUCAGUCUAUACUGUACCAAUGCACUACGGUACGUGUAUGUCUGUGUGAGUCCAUGCUUUGCCAAUGCCAAUGUACUGCAUGUGUCUGCUGCUGUGUAAAUGCACUACGGCAUGUACUGUGGCAGUGCACGUCUAUGCUGCUCACUGGCACACUAGUUACAGCUAUGCUCUUAUUUUCAAGGGGGAAACCAGAGAAUUUGUUCUACCUCCACCACGAGCGCUCUCUGGCCAACCUCGGCCACUGCUUACCCUCAUGUUCUCAAGAAACCAGAGUUUUUUUUAAUUUUUAGAGAGGAUUUAUCCGCAUAUUAUGUGUUGAUAAAAUUUAGUAGGAAAUAAUUGAAAAAUUAUGCGCAAUAAUCUGCUGUAGACUGCUUCAUAAAUCCACUCGGUCUCUAGAGUGCAGAUAACUACUGGGUUAAAGUCAACAAAUAUUCGUCGCAUAUUUAUUUUCGGCUAU